AAAUGUGGCAGCACAUGUAACGUGUACACUUGGGAACUGUGCAUGCCAAACUGCUGUUUAACCAUGGCAAAGCACUGGAAUGUCACCUCUUUAGUAGCACUAGCACUGCUAGGGUGCUUAGUUUGGACAAAGGUAGAAGCUCAGUACCCAUAUCAGGUGCCAAAGGGCACUACACUUCCUUGGGCACAACAAGUUCUUCCAAGAUCUGUCCCGUAUUGGGUUCCUCAAACUGGUCAACAGCCACCGCAACCACUGCCACCAUGGCGACCACAGCAACCCCAGCAACCACCGCGACCACAGCAACUCCAGCAACCACAGCCACCUCCGCGACCACAGCAAUCCCAGCAAUCACAGCUACCACAGCAACCACAGCAACCACAGCAACCACAGCAACCACAACCAAAUCCGCGACCGCAGCAACCACCUUCUCUCCCAAGUUGUGAGGUGGCAGCAGCCCAGAGAAUCCCCUGUGGAGGUUCUGGUAUCUCUGCAGAUGUAUGUAAAGCGAUUAGCUGCUGCUUUGAUGGCCAAGGAUGCUACUUCGGAAAAGCAGUGACUGUCCAGGUCACCAAGGAUGCCCAGUUCAUUGUUGUAGUGGCCAAAGAUGCCACUCUGCCCAGCAUUGACCUUGAGUCAAUCUUACUGUUGGGACAUGGUCCAAACUGUACAUAUGUUGACUCCAAUUCAGAGUUUGUCAUUUACCAAUUUCCUGUUACUGACUGUGGCACCGUUGUUAUGGAGGAGCCUGGUGUUAUAAUCUAUCAGAACAAGAUGUCUUCCUCAUUUGAAGUGGGUGUUGGGCCUUUUGGAGCCGUUACCAGGGACAGCACCUUUGAAUUGCUCUUCCAGGGUAGGUUCAUUGGCACAUCUAUUGAAACUGUGGUUGUAGAAGUAUUAUCGCUACAAGAUCCUCCACUACCGGUUGCUGCUCUGGGACCCAUCAGUGUACAGUUAAGAUUGGCUAACGGACAAUGCUAUACAAAGGGUUGUAAUGAAGUGGAUGUGGCCUAUAGCUCUUUCUACACAGCGGCGGACUAUCCUGUGACCAAAAUACUGAGGGACCCUGUGUACGUGGAGGUUCAACUCCUUGAAAAGACAGAUCCCUUUCUUGUCCUGACUCUUGGUCGCUGUUGGGCAACCAGUAGCCCUAACCCUUACAGUCUGCCCCAGUGGGAAAUGAUCACAAACGGGUGUCCAAGCAAGAAUGAUUACUACUUGACCUCACUGAUUCCAGUCGUUUCCUCCUCUGGUCUGGACUUCCCUAGUCACUACAGGCGUUUCCUUUUCAAAAUGUUUACUUUUGUGGACCCCAAUUCAAAGCAACCCCUGAAAGAACAGAUGUACAUUCACUGCAGUACAGCUGUGUGUCAAGCUAUGCCCGGCAGAAACUGUGAACCGUCAUGCGCCAGCAAAAGGAAGAGAGAUGUGGAGGCUGUGGACCAGACGAAUGCUGAGCCUGAGAAUGUGGCUUCUGUUGGACCAAUUAAUUAUCGUGCACAUCCCUGAGCAGCAGCACGGUGUCAAGCUCAAUAAUUUUUGCUGAAAGCAUUUAGUAAAAAAUUUGCAACAGUAACAUGGUUUAGUUAUUUGUGGUGUGAAAUUUAAAUGACAUGCAAAAAGACUUAAGAGUCAAAAGUGAAAUAACGCAAUGGAUCACAUUCAUCACAUGGUCACAUCCAUAUUAAAAAUCCUAGAAGUUUUCCCUGACCCUGA